AUGGCUGCUGAGGGUAUAGAAAAAUUGACGGAAGUGCCAUUGGAAUUUUUCAAGGAUGGUAAUGCGUUUAUCAGGAAAUGUCAGAAACCAGACCAAAGGGAAUACCUCAAAAUAAUCAGAGCCGUGGGGAUUGGUUUUCUUAUGAUGGGAGUUCUUCAAGAAGAGUUUUGUUCCAAGCUUGAGGAAAAGUUUUAUUCCAAGCUUCACGAUAUGUCACAGACAUCGGCAUUUGUCAAGAAAUUGGCCUCGAACAACAAAACGACCAGAGAUGCUGCUCUUGAAAGCUUGCGGAAAUAUCUAGCGUCUAAAACGACAUUAACAUUACUAGAUAUGGAAAAAAUAUGGCGAGGUUUAUACUUUUCAAUGUGGUUCUGUGAUAGACCCAAGGCUCAAGAACGCUUAGCAGAGAGUUUAGGCCAAUUGUACUCGGAAUCGAUCAAGUCUAAGAAAGCCUUUUUGUUAUUUGUAAAAGCUUUCAAUUUGAUAAUGAUUAAAGAGUGGACCGAUAUAGAUCAGUGGAGAAUAGACAAGUUUUAUUUACUAAUCAGGCGUGUGUUGAGGCAUAACUUCAUAUACAUGAAAAAAAACGAUUGGAAUGAGAAGUUGGUUGAUAGCUGGAUUGAAGUGAUGGAAGAGACUAUACUAAGCGGUGAUAGUAAAGUCCCGGUCGCGUUGCCUUACCAUUUGUGUGACAUUUAUCUAGACGAACUUGAAUUAGUUGUGUUUGGAGAGGAGAAUAUACAAGUGUCUGCUGAUGAUAUUCCUAUACAGAAACUAAUAGAACCAUUUACAAUUUUAAACAAGAGUGCCAAACUCAAGACAUUGAGGGAGAAAACGAAAGAAGACGUGUUGGAUGAUAAGAGGUUGGUGGAAUGGAAAGUUGUAGAAAACAAAAUCCUGGACACCGAAGAUGGUGAAGAGGAGGAAUGGAAUGGAUUUUAA